CAAAGCCUACGCAGCAAAGGGCUGCGUGUCUGUCCUUCCUCCCUCUCCCUUGUAUGGAAUAAUAAAAUAAUAAUACUACGAACGCUAAUUUAAAUUAAAAAAGCCCAAAAACCCAGCUCUCCGCGUGAAGAAUCAGAUUUUACGGGGUGAUCACUUGUCCGGCGUAACAGGAGCUCGACGUGCGGCUCAAAGAAAUCCAAGAGGGUGCGCUCUUGCACGUUUAUACUCGGUUUUUAGAGAAUAACCAGCCAUGGACAGUCUGGGCAGUGCCAACACGACGUUCGCUUUGGAUCUCUUCCGAACCCUGAGCGACGUCGCCGGCGAGAGCAGAAACGUCUUCUUCUCACCGCUGAGCAUCUCUUCGGCUCUGGCCAUGGUCUAUCUGGGGGCGAAAGGACACACCGCCGAUCAAAUGGCAAAGGUUCUUUGUUUCAAUAAAGCCCAGAAUGUUCACUCAGACUUCCAGGCUCUCAGCGCUGACAUCAACAAACCGGCCGCCUCUUACCUCCUGAAACUCGCCAACCGUCUCUAUGGAGAAAAGACCUUAAACUUCCUCCCGGCAUUCUUAGAAUCCACACAGAAGUUCUACAGUGCAGACCUGGUGCCCUUGGAUUUCAUUGGUGCCUCAGAAGAGUCACGGAAGCAGAUUAACCAAUGGGUGGAGGAGCAGACAGAAAGUAAAAUCAAAGACCUUCUGAAACCAGGAACGGUUUCUGCUGUGACAAGGUUGGCUCUUGUGAACGCCAUCUACUUCAAAGGGAGCUGGAUGCACAAGUUUGACGGGAAGCGGACCAAAGAAAUGCCCUUUAAAAUCAGUCGAUUUAAUAGCAAACCGGUGCAGAUGAUGUUCCAGACGGACCAGUACCCGUACAGGUACAUCCCAAAAUACAGACUGCAAGUCCUUGAGAUUCCGUACCAGGAGGACGAGCUGAGCAUGUUCAUUCUGCUGCCCAGGUCAUCCAUCUUUGGCAAUGCACUCAAAAAGCUUGAGAAAGAGCUCACUCUGGAGAACAUUGACAGCUGGACAGACAGGAAAAACAUGGAAAGAGGCAUAGACAUCUGCGUUCGCCUGCCCAGAUUCAAGCUGGAGGAGGACUACGAGCUGAACACGCCCCUGGGGCGCCUGGGCAUGAGCGACGUUUUCGACGCCGGGCGGGCGGACCUGACGGGGAUGAACGGGCAGGGGGGGCUCUACCUCUCCGCCGUGGUCCACAAGGCGUUCGUGGAGGUGAACGAGGAGGGCACGGAGGCGGCGGUAGCUAGCGCAGAGUAUGUGACGUACAGCCUUUUCCAGCAGUAUAAAAAAUUCACCGCCGAUCACCCCUUCCUCUUCUUCAUCCAGCACAACCAGUCCCGCAGCAUCCUCUUCCUCGGGAGAUUCUGUUCCCCGUAAAAAAAGGAGAACCUGAGAACUUGGAUGCAGUAUUUUUUUUUCAAGGCAAGGCUGAGGAAAAAUCGUUGGUUUGAAUCUGGGCAGAACGCAUAAAUCUGUGUCCUGGAUGUGUUCGAGAUCUGAAUUGUGUUUCAGUCUUAGUAGAGUUCAUUUGCUUUAGCGCUUAAUGACGUUACCUAUAUAUGCUGACCGGUCUGGGAAUGUUAUUGCCCCAGGUCUGGUGCUGUUACUCAUAUAAAUGUUCUCCCACAGUGCUAAAUGAGUAGUAAUGGUAGCCUCACCUCCCUAGCCCUGGAGCAACUCCGUCAGAUUACAGGCGCCCUUCUGUUCACUUCCAUUCAGUUUUAUUUGUAUAGUGCUUUUAACAGAGAGUCUCACAAGUCCUUUGCAGUGGAGACUGGAGAUGCAAAAGAACACUGGGCAAAAAAAACAGGCCUGAAAAAAAACAAAAAAAAAACAGGGGCGACAUAGCUCAGGAGGUAAGACCGGUUGUCUGGCAGUCGGAGGGUUGCCGGCUCAAACCCCGCCCUGGGCGUGUCGAAGUGUCCUUGAGCAAGACACCUAACCCCCAACUGCUCUGGUGAAUGAGAGGCAUCAGUUGUAAAGCGCUUUGGAUAAAAGCGCUAUAUAAAUGCAGUCCAUUUGCCAUUUACCAUGAACCCACAAAAACAAAAUCAGCAAGUGGGAAGAAAAACACUCAAACUUUGCAAAUUUGCAGAAGGAACCUAGCUAUAGAGACUCCUGUGUGUGGCCGGGGGUAGUUAAAUUAGCUGGCAAAAUUGGCAGUCCAAGCAUAGAGUCCAGAGUAGGUCAUUGUGCAAUUCAGAGGACUGUGGUGAUGCAUGCAGUGGUGUCACUAGGGUUGGUGACACCCGGUACGGUCGACCAUUGGUGUCACCCGAUGUUGUCGACGGGGGUGGGGGGGGGGUGCUUUUGGAAGUUGUUGACGGUGGGGGGGCAAGGAAUUGCGUGUUAUGCAUUCAGACGACAAAGCGCUUCUCGACACAUUCAUACUGUUAAUUAAAUCAACCGGCAGAAAUUAGCUGUGUCCAGUCAUUUCGGUGUCACCCCCCUCCGAUGGUGCCACCCGGUCCGGUCCGCACCCCCCUAGUGACGCCUCAGGGUGCAUCUAGGCCUCCAGCCUAAAGAAGUACGUUUUGAGCCUGUGUGUAAUAGACAGAGGGUGUGUCUGAAGCCCAAAACGUGCAAAGGAAGAUUAUUCCAUAAGACAGGAGCUCUGCAAGAGAAGGCUUUGCCUCCUGUUGCAAUUUUACAUAUAUUUGGAAUUUCCAAAUAGCCUUGUGAGCGAAACAAUAUUGGGUAGUGAUGUCCAGGAUGUAUGUGCCAUUUACAACUGUGUGUCAAACAGACUAAAAGUCAAAUAUCUCCAGUGUAUUAUACUGUAUUAGCAACCCUGGAGAAACAGAAGUGUUCCAAGUGCCUUUCGCCGGGUUUAAUCAAAGCGAAUGCAGAACAAGUGUAAACCCCAUAUCAGCAAUGUGAUAUGGCGUGUGCAGCACGUGACCAGUCUGUGUUCCCAGGACCCUCUUGACUCAGUUUUUUACAAAUGUGCCGAGGAGUCAAAUUUGUACAGUCACGCAGUCUGUUGACGCCGCACGCUAAAAACAGAGCACGCGCUGAAUCUGCGGCUCGCUCCAUGCCGUGCUCCUAACAUUAGGUAAGAAAACUGCCGCUCCAAAGCCACGAAGCGUUUUCAUUUGCGCAAGCUAGUGUACUAUAGUGUACUGUUGCAAUGGUAAAAUGAGGAAAAAUGCAAUUGUUCAACACAAACCAGUUGGAUUUCGAUCACAUUAAGUGCCCUACCAUUUUCUCGCCAGCUAACUAGCUAAUUACGAAGGCAUUGGCACACUUUUGUUUUUUGUGAAUGUUUAAUUUUGUAUGUGGUUAUUCUAUAUACGUAUGUACACUUAACGCAAUGCAAAACAUGUGCUGAUGAGCCUGUCUCUGUUCUAAGUUUUAUUUUAAAUGUCUCUCCCAAGAGGGAUAUAGAUCCGGUGAGGUGUUUUGUUGAAGUGAAUUGAGCAGGCUUUGUGCAAAUGCACACUCCGUUGUUUCUGUACAAUCGCUGAAGAGCACGUGCUGCGUGUUUGGCUCGAACCGUGCUGUGCUCGUGAAAAAAACCUUUUAUAUUGAGGCUAGCCCGCAUCCUUGCUGAGUGAUGUCAUCCCAGCAAAACAGAUAUAAAAAGUUCUCGCAGUGUAGCCUCCUUGUAGUGGCAAUGUCAUAGCAUUCACAAAACAUUCCAGUAACAUUGUAAGAACAAUUUUGUGUUUUGCUGAGAUUCUGUCUGACUCCACAAGGCAAUGAGAACAUCCAAGAGGGUUCAGCUGUGGAUUGCUUUUUUUUCUUUCUUUACCAUAUACCAAUGCUGAAAGUUAAAGUUGUUUCUUCAAUCUAAAUGGGUACUGAAUAUUCAAUAUCCUUUCCUUAAUGCUGAAUUUAGUUAUUUAGUAUAAAGAAGGGAGUUGGUAAUUGACGACCAAUAAAUCAAAAUGUGCAUGGGACAUUUUGGACUGCAACAACAUUUAAUAGGUAAUUUUUGCUUUGGUGUUGCUAUUGCUACAUCUUGAUAUCAUUGGUGAGUACACACCCCAAAUGUGUUUUAUGAAGUUGUAUGUAAUUAAGGAUUGUUUACGUAAGCAUGCAUUUGCAUUGAAUAAUCCAUUAAUGUAACAGGCACUUGUACAUCCCAACACACAUACACAUAUAUGGAGGUACUUGGAUCUUGUUAUGCUUUUGCUCACUGAAUAAAAUUCUCAGUUUGACAAAAACGUUGCAGGUUUGUCCAGAACGAUGACAGUUCUUCACAGAACCGUGGCAUCAGUUGGCCGACAGCAGUUUUAGGUUUAAAAUUGAAUUUUCAUGACAGAUAAACUGCAUUAGCUGUAAAUAUGUUAAGCAUAUAACUGGCACUUGUGAGACCUAGCAUAUUGGAUAUUAUUUUUGUGAAAUGUUUGACCUUGUUAUAUGCAUGUCAUGGUCCUGUGUUCCUGUCUGUGUUUCCCUUGUUGGGCCGCCAGAUGGCGGCACUUCUGUUUUGUGUCCUGCUCCCCUCCUGUUAAUUGUAUGAUUGUUUCAAUUGUCUCGUUAUCCCAUCAUGGUUCCCACCUGUGUCUUGUUAUCCCCUCCUUCUGGUUUGAUUGUUUUUUGAGUUCACCUGUGUCUUGUUACCCCUUGUCUAUUUAAGUUCUCUGUUCCCUUGACUCGGGUGCUGGUUCCUUGCGUGUGUUCUGCCUUGUGUUUGUUACCUGACAUACAUGUACCUGCCUGCUUGUGUUUGUUUCCCGACUGUAUGUACCUGCUUGUUCCCUUGUGCUCUGCCUUCCCGUGUUCUGCCCCGCCUGUGUUUUUGAGUUCUUGUUGUUUUCUGUUUCGUUAGAUUAUUUUUUGAGUUUGUGUUUUAGCCCAUUGUGGCCUUGUCUGUUCCUUGUUUGUUCACCUUGUGUUAGUAAAGUCUUUGUUAAUUUUC